AGAGACGGAGAGGGAGUGUAAUACACACUCAAGCUCCGCGAGAGAGAGACAGAGAGGAAAAGGAGGAAGACCCAUACAAUUCAAAGAGCGGAGGAAAGGAAAAAAAUAAAAAGGAUGGAUGCUGAGGAAGAAACAUUUUAAUUGGAGACCAGAAUCUGGGAGCAGGGAGUCUAAUGAUCUUUGGGCUUUCAUCUUUUCACCAGUUUCUCCAGAUGCCAUGUGGACACUGAAAGCUUAAAAGUCAUCAACCGAGAGUUAGCAGCCUUACAAAAUGUAUGUCUAAAAUUGAAGGAGUACUUUCUUCUGGUUCUGGAGCAACACUGAUAAACAGCUGUGCUGUAUCUGUACCUUCUUGUUAAAACAAACAACAGAUUGCUGGUAUCGUGGACUGUUAUUGUGGCUACUGUGUACCAGUGCUCAUGUGACACGUUGCAUGCCUGCUGUUCAGUUGAGGGCAAGAUUAUCCUAACUGAACUGGACAGGAUGCUGACUUUCUCAAAAGCAUCCUCCAGCCUGCGGCAGCGAGCUAACUCCUGAUUUAAGACCUCUUCUGUGCUGUCUCAGAUGUCAGGACUGCAAAACAACACCAACUGUUAAAAGGAUGGUGCACAGACGGUUGGGCUCAGCCUUGAGGAUGGGACAACAACAAUUGCUUUCCCUUUGAUAAAUCGAAUGGCCGUGCCUUCUAUCUGAGAAUGGACUGAAAUCUGGGGCAGCACUCGAAAUUCAAGUAACAAGAGUUAUGAGGCGGGAUAUUUGGAGAAACUGUUGGCAAACUUAAGACAGGAACACCAAGACGACAGCUUUGACUCAAACAGCAUGCGGACCUUUACCCCGGUGAAACUCUGGCUACUCUGAUUCCCAACCAGAACAUCCUGACGGCACAAUGCUGUGUGCUCAGGGUGUGGCCGCACCCCUCAUGCUGAGCUCUUUUCUGCUGCAGCUAGUCAGAGCUAAUCUCACCUCUGGUUGCCUGAUUACAUCCGAUAUCCUGAGCUGCACCAACCUUGGCCUCAAAAAAGUCCCAGAAAAGUUGCCUGUAAUGGUGGCAACAGUGGAUCUUAACCACAACCACUUAGAACAUAUUAAGGAGGGUAGCUUCGCUGGUCUACCCAAUCUUGACACUGUACGGUUGGCCCACAAUCAGCUGAGCAAACUCACUCCUGGAACCUUCCGGAACACGAGCAACAUACGCCAUCUGGACCUUUCCUCCAAUCAACUGAACAUUAUUGAGGACCACUACUUUCAAGAGUUAGUAGGAAUCAAGGAGUUACUCCUCUACAACAACCGCAUAGUGACAGUGGAAAGCAAAGCCCUGAGUGGUUUGAGCAACCUACGAAAAGCCUACCUGAGCCAUAACAGACUGACAGAUUUCCCCUUCUUUUCCAUUCAGCAACAUCCCAAUCUAAUUACUCUGGAUCUAAGUUCGAACCGUAUGCCCAACCUUCCUGUCGAGGCCAUAACAGCUUUAACAGAAAAGGUACAGAAUGGGUUGUUCCUACACAACAAUAGCCUCAUUUGUGAAUGCUCCAUGUACAGCUUGUUUAAACAAUGGGAGUACAGAGGCUUUGCCUCAGUGACAGAUUUUCGGGAGGAGCAUACAUGCUUGAUUUACGGUGAGCAACGCGCUAUUGUGCGUUUUCUCAAGCAUGUACGAUUCUUUGAGAAUUGCAAAAUAAAACCUCCAGUGAGGAAAGUUAGUAUGGAAGCAGAGGCUGGGGACUCAGUGAUGUUGGAUUGUAUAACAUCAUUAAAGGGAAAGCAUCUCAACUAUUCGUGGGUAUCCCAACGUCACGGAUACAUUGUUCCUCCUGGUAAUAACAAUACGCUGCGAAUGUACUCAAAUGGUUCUUUGGAAAUCUUGGCAGCACACAAGAAUGACUCUGGGGUGUACUUGUGCAUGGUUCAAAACCAUCAAGAGUCAAGCAACGAUUCUCUUGAAGUUAAUGUAACUGUGCAGAUUCACCGUCAAGAGGAGGAGCCCUUUAACACUGGCUUUACAACCCUUCUGGGCUGCGUUGUCAGCCUGGUUUUGGUCCUUAUGUACCUCUACUUGACACCCUGUCGCUGCUGGUGUCGCAAACAGCCUCUACCAGCAACACCGAGCCCUGCAAAUGAAUGCAGUGCCCAGUCAUCUAUCCUGACACCAACACCACCUGCCACAACGGAGGGCUCCGGCCGCAAGGUCAGUAACAACAAGCAUGUGGUCUUUCUGGAACCCAUCGAGAAGGCACAGAAUGGGAGGCCACGGGCAGCACUGGCCCUUGAGCAUCCCAAGCUGGCAGUAACGCGGAGCGAUGCUGACUCUGUCACUUCCGUCUUCUCAGAUACCACUAUUGUGCCAUAGCGGCUGCUUACUGUCAUCCCAACGACCUGCUCAAAUGAGCAUGUGGGUCCUUCAACGUGGCAGUCUGCAACUGCACAGCUACUCAGGACAGAUCAGGGAGAGGGCUUUGCAAGCCCAUUGCAGGCAGCAGAACAGAGCAGGAAAGCACAUACAAUCAGAGAGAAGAAAGAUAUAAAAACAAAAAGGCAAAAAGAUGGAGCCAAGCGCUCCCAAGAAUCAGCUUUAAGGCUUGACUGAGCCACGACGGUGUGAGAGGAAGGGAUUGGUUUGAAACUACAAAAGCUGAGAAGGGUAAAAAGCUUUCCCUUUACCACUGCUUGAGCCUUGAUAGAUUCAUAGCUAUGAAUGCCUUGUCUAGCCUAUAACCCACUGAAUACUGCAUAAAACCUAUUCUACUCUAGAACUAGCAUGAAUGAUAUGAA